UUGUAUUGCCCGCGGGACGUGUGGUUCACCGCCAAAUGGCCGAGACAGCAACCGAAAGUGGUGGUAUCGAUGUGCCGGCUGCCUUCGCCACCACGGCGGUAGCUACUGCCUCCCUGCAGCAGCUGCAACGUAGCGUCGCCGUCUGGGACGUUAUCAUGGAAGACUUCGAAGACGAUCUAGAGCUGGAUACAGAGGACGAUGAAGCGUCGAGGGAGGUGAAGAGGCGGCGUGUGUACGUUCGUAAAGACUACACGAAGUCGGGAUGGUGGCAGGAGCUCAUGGAGCUGCGAGAGACAGGCGAGACAGAUCACACGACCCGGGAAGCGCGGCGUUUUCGCAACAACUUCCGCGUCCCCUACCCGUUUUUCGUGCACUUGGUGGAGCUGGUGAGGGACAGAGACUGGUUCCCAACCGGGGAGUCGGAUGUCACGGGUCGCCAAGCCGUCCCUGUUGAGUUGAAGGUGAGCAAAGACGAUGAAAUGCUGCACUUCUCGAAAAAUGGACCGCUGGCACCGGAGUGCCGGCGGCGGCACAGCAUGCGUUUGAAAGGUGUACACCGAUAAGGGCUGUGGCUGCGAUCUGCUCUAUAUCCCUUGUCCGCCUCUACCCCAGUACAUUGGGUGGUGCGCAUGCAUUCUUCGUUGUUCUGCACACUUCGUGCCUAGUCUUAAGUUCAUUUAAAAGGUUGAGUCCCUCCCUUGUAGCCGGAUGAAAAAAAACCUCAUGUUUUGAAAUGGUCCGCCGUCGCAUAGAGCGCCGGCCGCACCACGGUCGGCGCUGGUUUCGAAUACAUAAGGUGUACAACGUAGAGGGUGGUUGCUGCUGUGCUGUACACCCCUUUUCUCCAGCAUUCAUCAUCUACAGCGGCCGCGUGUGGUGCGCAUGUAUACUUCGUUCCUCUCCACACUUUCGUCUAAAGUUGGUUUAGAAGACCCGACCACAGCAGCAGUGGGAGUCCUCUCCCUUGUUGCCGGCGCUGGUCGGCAGUAGGGUGGUACAACAUGUACAGCAGUCGAAAACAAAACAAAACGUUGGCAACCGCUAGGGCGAAGCCAGGGGUUGUUUUGCACGCGGGUCAGUUUACUGUCACCAGCCACCAUGUGCUCACAAGCCAACAAUGCAAACGUAGAGAGAAACACGCCGCGCGCAAGCCACAGCAGUGUCGUGGUCAAGCGUGUUAAACUCUCGAAUGGUCAACUGCCGAGUGUGUGACAAACCAGCACAGCCCCGGGGUUGUUGUAGAGGUUGGAAAAAAUCAAUUGCGACCUACAUGCUCCAUGAUAG